UGCAGUCUAUUAUUCUCCCAGUCCACAAUGCUGAAAAGUGGUUGGAUGAAUGCUUGAAGUCUGUUUUGCAGCAGGACUUUGAAGGUGCUAUGGAGCUCUCCAUUUUUGAUGAUGCCAGUAAGGACAAGUCUAUGACUAUCAUUGAGAAAUGGAAAGUGAAGCUGGAAGAUUCUGGCAUCCCUGUGGUCAUUGGAGGGCAUGUUUCUCCCUCUCCUCGAGGAGUUGGAUAUUCUAAAAAUCAAGCAGUUGCACAGAGCUCAGGGACUUACCUCUGCUUUUUGGAUUCAGAUGAUGUGAUGUUGCCCCAGAGAGUGAGGCUGCAACAUGAAGCUGCCCUCCAGCGCCCAACGAGCAUCAUAGGGUGCCAAGUGCAGAGAGAUCCCCCAAACUCUACUGAGCGAUACACACGUUGGAUCAACCAGUUGGCAUCCGAUCAGCUUCUGACACAGGUAUUCACCUCAAACGGCCCCACAGUGAUCAUGCCCACCUGGUUCUGCUCUCGAACUUGGUUUCUCCACGUGGGACCAUUUGACGAGGGAGGGAAGGGUGUGCCGGAGGACCUGCUGUUCUUCUACGAGCACCUCAGGAAGGGGGGUGGCGUCUUCCGGGUGGACCACAGCCUGCUCCUCUACCGCUACCACCUGUGCGCAGCCACACACUCUGUCCUUGAGACGACCAUCUGGACUCACCGCGUCCACUUCCUGGAGGAGCAGGCCCUACCUCGCUGGGCCUCCUUCACCAUCUGGAAUGCAGGCAAGCAGGGACGCAGGCUGUACCGCAGUCUGACUGCUGCCAACCAGCGCAAGGUGGCCGCCUUCUGUGACGUGGACAAGAACAAGAUCCAGAAGGGCUUCUACUGCUACGAGGAGGCACAGGAAAGGCCCAAGCCUCAGAUCCCCAUCCUGCACUUCCGGGAUGCACGGCCACCCUUUGUCAUCUGUGUGAAGCUGGCUCCUACCCCUGCGUCAAGAACUUCCCUAGAAGACGCCCUGCUGCGCCACCCACUGUCUGUCCUGGCAGGCGUCAGUGUGGACGCCGUCGGUUGCCACCACGGUCCAUGUUUCCAAGUCCAUCCUGGCUGCCGUCCCCGGAACAGGCUCAGACACCCGCUGCAAGAACCAGGGUCUGCUGAGGGUGGGAGCCGCCUGCCAGGUGACACCAGUGUGCCAGGGUGUCGCCGCCGCCUUGUGUGUAAACUGACCACGCUCCAUGCCUUAAAAGGCCUCUCGGGAGCAGUGAGGGUUUUCUGUUUUUAAUGAACACUUUGCUUUCUUUUCCUCAGCAGUCACCUGCUCUGUCCUAGCAGAGA